AACCACCGCAAACCCGCCAAAACAGGAGCGAGAAGAAAAGAAAACCUCGAAGACGACAAGAUGCCGUUGUCUUUAUGUCUCCUUCUUGUAGCUGCCCUUUAUCCUGCCAGUGCUUCCGGUCCCUGCUACGAUUAUCAAGACGCUACCUACAAGGCUCAGUUCGACCCGACAGAUUGCAACGCAGAGUGCACGGUGACUCCAUUCUUUUCUCCUGAUCAUUCUGUGACGGCUUAUGUAGAAGUGAUCAAGGCAGCAGAGGAGAGCAUAGAUCUACUGGAACCAGAUUUUAAAAGUUGGGGCGAGUGUACCAAGUACAAAUCUGAAUGUGGCGGUCAAUGCAUUGGUUGUAGUCCAGAGGAACAAGCAACAGAGCCAUUCCCAAUCUUUGGUACUCUCAUGAAUGCACUCCACGCCUCCAAAAAAAAGCUCCAAAUUCGUUUCCUCACAAAUAAUUUUGACGUACCCACCUGCUCCAACCUGACCACACCCGUUGACUGGAUGUACCUCAAUGGUGUCGCCAUAAGGAACUACAAAACGACGACGUUCCAACAUGCUAAAUUCAUGAUCAUAGACAAAGGAAAGAAAGUCCUGAUAUCCUCGGUUAACUUUAGCCAGACUUCUUUUACAAAGAACAGAGAAGCGGGUGUUAUUCUAACCGACUGUCAAUGUCCUUUAAUUGACUUCUAUCAGCGUGUUUUCGACAGUGAUUGGGACACAGGCUACGAUUAUAAACUAUCAACAACUUACAGUUCGAACAAUAAGAAAUACAUUACUUAUGAUAGAGUCAUACCCACUAAUGACAUGGGACCGUUCCCUGUCACCGGUGCCUAUGUCACCGAUAUGACGGACGUUGAGGGUGUGACAGUGGUCAAUGGUUACACAGCACCGGAUAACGCUCGGGACACUUUCAUGAAUGGCCUGGAUUCGGCAAAAGAGUCUUUAAAGAUCCACAUUUAUCAGAUAACAGACGAUGGUAUUUGCGAUAAGGUUCUUGAUUUAUACAAAAAUGGCAUCAACGUUACACUCUUGGUUGGGUCUUACAUUGUUAGUUACAUUGACUAUGAGAGGGCACAGGAUUGUUAUUGUAAACUCUACAAAGGUGGUCUGAAGGGACACAUAAAAAAGUCUUAUUCAAAAUUCAAAUUCUCUCAUCAAAAGUAUUGGAUUAUUGAUGAAACUACGGUCCACCUUAGCACUGGUAAUUGGAGUCCAAGUGAUUUCCCUGAAGGAAGUACAUUCCCUCCUUAUGCUAAGUCAAGGAGUUCUGUCAAUCGUGACAUGUUGGUAGUAAUGAAGAGCCCAAAGGUUGUUGCCAUAUUUGAGGAAGUGUUCACUAAUGAUUGGAACGUUGGGACUCCGUGGGAACCAAAGCCCGGGAAAUGCUGAAAACUAGUUUUCUUUGUUGAGUGACUAAAGCUGUAGACACUAUAGUACAAAUA